AUGGUCCCGACCUGUCUCCGACUGUUCGCCGCAACGGCCUCGCCGCAACGGCCUCGGCUGCGCCGGCGGCGCGCGAGCCCAGAACCAACAGCAGACUCUUCUCUGGCUCCCUCUGCUCCUGGAGAAGAGGCCAAAGAGGAGCAAAAUGACCACAAGCCUCCAGCGGUGGUCACACCCCAGCCUGAACAUUCGGAGACUGUGGCCAUAAAGAAAAUAAAUCUUCAAGGACUGAGGAGGAAGCAAUUAACUGUUAAUGAAAUCAUGAUCAUGGAGAGUAAUAGGAGUCCCAGUGUUGUGAAUUAUUUAGACAGCUACCUUGUGCAUGAGGAACUCUGGCUGGUGAUGGAGUACAUGGACGGAGGCACUCUGAGUGAUGUCAUCAGCAAGACUUACAUGUCUGAAGGAGAGAUUGCAGCUGUCAGUCGUGAGUGCCUGCAAGGACUGGAUUUUCUUCAUUCCAACCAUGUGAUCCAUCGAGAUGUGAAGAGCUGCAACAUCCUUCUCAGAACCGAUGGCUCUGUCAAGCUGGCUGAUUUUGGCCUUUCUGCUCAGCUCACCCCUCAGCAAAGUCAUCGUCGCUCGGCAGCCGGGACUCCUUGGUGGAUGGCACCUGAAGUGGUGCUGUGUCAACCAUAUGGCCCCAAAGUGGACAUAUGGUCUUUUGGAAUUGUGGGAAUUGAAAUGGUAGAACGACAAGUUCCUCAUGACAGUAGAAGUUCUGUCUCGGUUCAACUCCUGAUAGCCGAAGGAGGAACCCCACAGCUGCGGCAGCCCGAACUCCUCUCAGCUUUACUGCGUGACUUCCUGAGCUGCUGCCUGCAGACAGACGAGGCGCGGCGCUGGUCUGCCGAGGAGCUCCUGCAGCAUCAAUUUUUAACAUCGGCCAAGCCUGGGUGCAGCCUGGUGCCACUCAUCAUUUCAGUGAAACAGUGGAAGGAGAGAAGGAUAAUGUUCUAA